UACAAAUGUUAGAAAGUUGAACAUCAAAUAUACCGAAAUAUACCGAAAUAAACCCUGGUAACCAUCAAUACGUAUUUGUGCAAUGAGGAAUGCACGUGCUUGCGAAGCUUGUAGAGCAAGUAAAAACCGAUGCUUUUUCGCAGAUGAUCAAACGAUAUGUCAAAGGUGGCUAGCAUAUUCAAACUUCUCAAAAACCAAUUAUUCAUAAAAUAACUAACUUCAAGUGGCCUUAGAUGCAACCAAACCAAAAGUCGAUGUGUCGUUAGAGAAAAGGCCAGACCAAAACGUGUUCGACGUGUAGAACGUUCAGGAGAUGCGACAAAAUUAGAUGAUAGUCCGUUAUCAUCCACUACCUCUCCUUCUACCGAUAAUCCAGUGAAAGAGGGAGAGUUCUGUCUCGAUCUUCCUAGCACUGUGUAUCAUGAUUCAACGAAAGACGCUGAAAUUCUUCAGAACCAUCACAAACGAAUCUUUAAAAAUGACAACCCCCGUUCGCCCACGCCAUUGAAAGAGACACUACUACCCUUACCAUCAAAAUAUAUACCCGGUCGCAAACUCACCCUUUCUCAAGCAACUCUCCUCCUGAAUUCUUAUAUUCCUAAACUUUCAUUCUUUCCUUUCGUCACGCUCCCAGCAAACCCCACAAUUCCAACCCUAUCUCAACAGUCCCCUUUCCUUCUUUUGGCCAUCCUCACUACGGCUGCCAUUCCGCAUCCUUACCUCCACCACCAACUUGAUCAGGAAUUCCGUCGUGUUUUAAGUCUCAAACUAAUCGUUAAGUCGCAAAAAUCGCUCGACUAUCUUUUAGGUCUUCUUGUGUACAUAGCUUGGUAUCCUGUGCAUACCAAACCAAAAUCCAAUCCAUGCUUCACAUACAUGAACCUUGCCAAUUCGUUGGCUUUAGACUUAGGACUCGACAAAGCGGAGCCUCAAACAAAUCUUUUCGGGGAGUCCGACUUGAAAGGACUUGUGGGUAGCGAUGGUGGUUGGACAACGGAGGCCAAGAGAGCCUACAUGGGAUGUUAUGUUUUAGGCUCUCAGUUAGUGAUCACUCUCACUUAUAUCUUAAUGCACAAGAGAUUUGAAGUACUGACGUAUCUCUGAAAGUCUCUCCAAAGGAUUUAAUAAGCCACAAACCAUGUCCUACGAGAAUCUUUUACCCAGCAAUCCUGAUUCCUUCAUUCCAUCUCAUACGACUACACCAGCGACAGCCAUGGUAAUACUCGAGCGUAUCUGUGACCGUAUCAAUGACGCGUGGACCGCAAAGAACUAUCCGCAAAUGGAUGCAUUUAGCACUGAACUAUAUGUUCAAUUAUUUACCGCUGAAUUGGAUACUUGGAAACGGAAUGUACCAGAAUAUAUCACUGCCUCACGUGAGCCUAACUCAAUUGAUUCUCACCUACUAGGAAUUUGAUGAAAGAUCAAAACUAACAGAAGUUAGCACUCUUUGCUCUGUACCACAAAUGUACACAUUUCUCCAUCUACGCUCAUGCCCUUCAUCUCCUACGCCGUCCUUACCGUCCCUUCGUACCAGGAACCACAGAUGCAAUACCCUCGCCCGAUCAUCUCCAUACAUGUCUCCGAAUGGGUGCAUCUUAUUUCCAGCACCUUCUGUCAAUUCCUACCCAAGACUACACGCAUUUCAAUCUAAUCAAUUGGUCCCAACUAGUACAGUGUCUCGUCGCACUUGUGCGGCUCACAUUCGUCAUCGCGCACGUGGAGAACUGGUCAGCCGAAACUACGCGGGAGAGAAUUGGCUUGAGUAUGUAUUUGGAAGCACUUUGUUUCAGGCUCCGAGGUCUUUCGUCUACUUUCCAAUCAUCAUCUAGAGCAGACCUCGAGUCUAGCGAAAGCGAGACGAUAGAUCUUAGUAGUAAUAAGGGACAAAAAGGGCAUUUUGAUAAAUACUUCGUCAUGAAUAGUAUGCUAAGUACGCUUAAGAAAACAUGGGAACAGCGCGUAGAAGCUAUUAUACCGAAAGCUCCAAUUAUUUCGAGAGGAAAAUGUCCCAUGCUUGAUCCGGGGAUGGCACCAUUGCUGGAAAAUACAACUUUGGAUUUUGAUUUUGAGGAUAUGGGCGCUUGGGAUGAGAGUUUGAGUGCAGGAAUGACGGGAUGGGAUGUCGGUAUUGGGGAAGCUGGGUCUGGUGAUAAUCUCACAUAUACAGCUGAAAGUUUUAAAAAACCAGGACUUGAACAGACGGGUUUACAGAAGGUUAGUGGUGAAGGUGAAGGUGAAGUAGGAAUGGGGAUGGGGAUGGGGAUGGGAAGUUCAGGGAUACGUCAACAGGAAUGUACAGAGACGAUGGAUCGUGAUUUAUGGGCAACAAUGACAUGUUCAUGGGCUGAGCAACCUUCUACAUGGCCUAUAGCAAUAACUCAUGGACCUUCUAAUAUGGGUGGUAAUGAAGCGGUCUUUGGAUAUCAAGUUGGUGAAGACACUGGGGGAACUGGUGGAAAUUGAAAUGGGUAAAUUGAUAUCGCAGGGAUUUUAUGAAAGUACAAAAGUUUCUACUUUAGUUAAGUCACAAUUUUUAAGGUUAAGAUUAUUAUUUUAGCAGUUUUAUUUCUGGGGAGUUGACCGAAUAAAUUGACAAAGAAUGGAUAUUUAUUAUUGGAGGGAAUAUA